AAGUCAUUUUGAGAUAGUCGAAGGGUACAUCAGACUUUUGAAGAGGUUAAAACGUGAUCGAUAAUAUAUUUGGCGGGAAAAUCUGGAGUAUAAAGCCAUGCCGUCUGUUUUUCCCUCCAGAAAUCCGGUCGUCCUCGCCAGAUGGAAUCCGAUUCGGAUUCCGACGGAUCGCACAUUUCUGCCACCCCUCCAAGAAACUCAAAACCACCAACACUACCACCUCCUCCUCCACCACAGCCACUUCCACAGGCUCUAUCCUCCUCUCACAGAUCCAGAACCAGGGCUCAAACCUCCUUCGGCGCAGAAAACCCCCCAAAAUCAUUAACCAAAUCACCUCCAAAACCCACUCAGGAUGAACCUGCACCUAACUUCUCUCCUUUAUCUACUCUCCCCUUCCAGAUCCGUCGUCCGUUCAUUCAGAACCGUCCCACAGUGCCCAUUUCCCUUUCCAUCGAAACCCUUCCUGCAGGCUACUUCUCAAAAUCAGCUUCCUUCUCCAAAAUCCAUAGACCCUCUCUAAAUUUCGAGAGCACUGAAAACGACUGUGGCCCUCCAAAAUCUGCCGGAGCUAAUUCUACUGAUUGUGUAUCGCAAGGAAACAAACCCAACUCAUUUAAGAAGCAUCCUAAUUUGAUAGGAACUAAUGCGCCUUUGCCCCCUGCAAAAUUGCGCAAGUGCAGUGCCAGUGAAGGUAAUUUUGUUAAGCUAAAUAUGAAUCGAAGUAAACGCAAGUUCAUGAACAAAAAAGCCACAAGGAAAACUGGGUAUGGAUCAAGCGGCUUCAAAUCUUAUAGAAGAAGCAAACGAAAACAGAAAGCACAAAGCGAUGCCGAUCAAGAGGAUGGUUUAAUAUGUGAAAUUACGGAGAAGAAGCCGAAGCGGGCUAAGGGAAGCGAGUUAAUUGAGGAGGCAGUUUUGGCAGCUCAAAAUAACGCGUCAGAUGAAAAUUUGGUGAGGCUGUUGAAUGUGAUGUAUGGAUUUGAUUCAUUUAGAGAUGGGCAACUGGAAGCAAUUAAGAUGGUGCUGGAUGGGAAGUCGACCAUGCUCGUUUUGCCUACUGGUGCUGGUAAAUCGCUGUGUUAUCAGAUACCCGCGAUGCUUUUGCAAGGAAUUACACUGGUCGUGAGUCCAUUAGUGGCGUUGAUGAUUGAUCAGUUGAAACAGCUGCCUCCAGAGCUUCAGGGUGGCCUUCUGAGUAGCAGUCAGACAUCCCAAGAAGCUGCUGAAACAUUUAGGCUAGUCAAAGAAGGGGCCAUAAAGGUGCUUUUUAUUUCCCCAGAGAGGUUUUUAAACGCGGAAUUCUUGUCAAAUUUUUCUUCGAUUUCUAUAUCACUACUUGUGGUAGAUGAAGCUCACUGUAUUUCUGAAUGGUCACAUAAUUUCAGGCCCUCGUUCAUGAGGCUUAGGGCACCUCUACUUCGUGCUAGACUCAAUGUUCAAUGCUUUCUGGCAAUGACUGCAACAGCCACUAGUACAACUUUGAAUGCUGUAAUGUCCGCAUUAGAGAUUUCUUCUGCUAAUCUUAUUCAAAAACCCCACUUGAGAGACAAUCUACAACUGUCAGUGUCAUUGAGUGGAAAUAGAAUGAAAGAUUUGCUGAGAUUGAUCAAAUCUUCUCCCUUUAUGGAAGUCCAAAGCAUCAUCAUAUACUGCAAAUUCCAGUCUGAAACUGAUAUAGUAAGCAGAUACUUGUGUGAUAACAAUAUCUCUUCAAAGAGCUACCACAGUGCUAUCUCUUCUAAGGAUCGCAGCCGUAUACAAGAGUUAUUCUGUUCUAACAAAAUUAGAGUGGUUGUUGCAACUGUGGCAUUUGGAAUGGGGCUUGACAAGAGUGACGUUGGAGCUGUAAUUCAUUAUAGUCUGCCAGAAAGCUUGGAAGAGUACGUUCAGGAGAUUGGACGUGCUGGACGGGAUGGAAGGCUGUCCUACUGCCAUCUCUUUUUUGAUGAUACCACUUACUACAAGCUUCGAAGUCUUUCACACAGUGAAGGGGUAGAUGAAUAUGCUGUAAGCAAGUUCCUCUGUCAAGUCUUUACCAAUGGCAAGCAUGGGAAAAUUUGUUCACUAAUCAAAGAAUCUGCUUCCCGUGAAUUUGAUAUGAAAGAAGAGGUCAUGCUCACACUUCUAACACAGUUGGAGUUGGGUGAAGUGCAAUACUUGCAUCUGCUUCCAGAGCUGAAUGUAACUUGCUCCUUGAAUUUCUAUAAGACUACUCCAGUGCUGCUGGCAGACAAGGAUAUUGUAGUUUCAGCAAUCCUUAAAAAGUCUGAAACAAGACAAGGGCAAUACGUGUUUGAUCUGCCUACUGUUUCCAACAGCAUUGGGUUUACAACUAUUGAUCUAUUAAAUCAUAUACAGAAUCUAAAGUUGAAGGGAGAAAUAACAUAUGAGGUUAACAAUCCAGCCUAUUGUUAUUCAAUAGUGAAGGUACCCGAGGAUUUUUGCUCUCUCUCGGCUCACCUUACAAGAUGGUUAUCAGAAGUUGAACGUUUAAAGGUGCAAAAAUUGGAUGCAAUGUUUAAUGCUGCAGUCUUUGCUGUGAAUGAUUGUAAAAAGAUGCAAGGCUGCAGUGACUCCCAGCACACACAUUGCUUGCAAAGAAAGAUUUUGGAUUACUUUAGGGAAGAUGGCCAAUGUGACAUCUCAAAUCCAAUGCAUAAAAGCAGCCCAUUUUUGCGAGCAGAUAUAAAGGUUUUUUUGCAGAGUAACUCACAGGCCAAAUUUACCCCCCGCGCCAUUGCUAGAAUAAUGCAUGGCAUUCCCAGCCCAGCCUACCCAUCUACAACUUGGUCUAAGACUCAUUUCUGGGGAAGGUAUACGCAGAUAGACUUCCAAGUGGUUAUGGAAGCUGCAAAGGCAGAAUUGAUGAAUUUUGUGGGGAAAAAUGCGUUAUAGCUUUCCACUAUCAAACAAAAUGAUCUGCUAGAGUGGAGAUGUACUGAAGGAUGUCGGAUUUAUCAUCAGCUAAUCAGAUGGCUUGCUCUUCCUAAGCUGGUUUUCAGCUAAUGAAAAGCAGUAUUGAUUGGGAACUGAAUCUACAGCUUACAAAAGGAGAUGCAUCCUUAAGUCUGUAUAUGGCAACACAAAUGACUUCAGAAAUCAAAUUAGAAUGGCUAUAAAGUUUAUCGAAGGGUGAAGUCCUAGGCCGUUGUUGUGUUGCCACUGGCCUCAUGCAUUUCCCACUUGGCGACAAAUACAAAGCCAAAAAGUGGUAGACCAGACAGGGAAUUCUCCAGUUCCUAUGCAGUUGUUUGAUUUUAUUUUUUAUUUUAUUUGAUUGUUAUUAUUAUUAAACGUUAACUUAGAAACUUAGAUGUAUAGAUAGUGAUGUUUUAGCACAGAAAGUACAAGCUAAAAGAAUCUGGAUAAUGCCAUUAUGCUAUUAUUUAUUUAAAAAAAAAACAGAAAAUAAUAAAAAAAGGUGGUACUGUGAAUCAAGUUAACAAGGGUAUUAAACAAUAUAAUAAAAAAGGUACUGAAGAGUUGUAUACGCAAGGGGAUGUUGUAGAGUGCAGAAAUUCCUCGUAUUAAAACAGAAGAAAGGUAAAACAUAAAACUUUUUAGAACUUGGCCGCAUGGCAAUUCUUUCUUUCCAAUAAGAAGUUAAGUUCCAAGACCGUGUUUGGCCCAGUGAAAGAGGGAACACCUUUAGAGGAUAAUGAUUUCAUCUUUUCUUUUUCUGUGUAAUUAAUGUCAUUAUAGUUUCCCUUUUUAUUUUGGUCGAGGAAAUUAUAAUUUCUGAAAUACUAGCAAGCUUUUGGCUGCACUGUGUAAUUGAAUGGGUUCUGAGUUCUAAAUGAUUGACAAAUUCUUCUAAUGCUUUUCGUUUUGUUUGUGGGCAUUACUGGUCAAAUUUGCUUCAAUGGUCACAAUUGUACUGGACACCUUUUUUUUUUAAUAAUUAUUAUUCAAUGUUAUUUAUUUACAAUACAUGCAUGUUAAACAUUAAAUUAUAAUAAUAUUGAUUUGACCAUAAAUUCAUUCUAUAAGAAAAUGAUUUAAAUAAGUUUUAUAAAAUCAUAUAAAAUAUUUAUUUUUUAUAAAAUUAAAAUAAUUUAACCCUUCCAUUUCAAAUAAAAAAUAUUUAAAAAAUCAAUUGAAUAGAAGUUUUACAAAACUUUUCAUUACAAAUUGAUGGAUUGUGUACAAUAAUAUUACAUAAAAUAUUCGCAUUAAAGUUAUACAAAAUUUUAAAAAGAAGAUCCGAGCUAUCAGAGUCAGGUAGCUCCUAAAAGAAAGAAUAUUAAAUAUUUGAAAAAUGAAAAGAAAAUAUAUCCAAUCCAAAUAGGGAGUGAUAGGGGGGGCAUAUUCGAGAAAUGAAUUUGAAGGAAGGGGCAUAUUCAGUUAAGGGGUAGAGAGAGAGAGAGAGAGAGAGAGAAAGCAAAGACCGUUAGUUAAAUGAAAGACGUUGAAUGAAGAAAUAAACCAUACCAAACAAAAAAACGAAGAUGCCACCAAGCAAGAACCUGCCUUUAUAAUUCCUAUUGCCCCUCGUUUCUUCUCCUUUUCAACCAAACACCUUCCCCCUUAUAAACGCCCUUAAGCUCCCUUCCAACGAAAACCCAGCCCCUCCUCCAGACGCCCAAA